AUGGCCGCCACCGCCUACAUCUCGCCCGGUGCCACCGAACUCGACAUGGCACUCGGUGGUGGCGGUGGCGGCGGCGGCGGCGGUGGAGGUGGCGGGGCUGGUGGGGGUGGGGGUGGUUACCAUCACACCUCCUCGCCCCGCAGUGCGGCGGAUGCGAACGAGAUGAAGUACAUGCACCACCACCACCACCACCACCAUCAUCAGUCGGCGGCGGCGGCAGCGGCGGUGGCGGCAGCGGCCACCCACCACCACCACGCCACCGGUCUUACCGUGCCCUCGAGCCCUUCGCCCAACCCGGCCGGGCUUGGUUCGGUGACGGGUGGGCUCGGUGCGACGCCUUGGGCCGCCCUCCAACCCAGUGACCCCUGGUCACUGCAUGCGGCCGCGGCCGCCGCCCACUCCCACCCUGCCCACUCGCACCCCCACGCGCACCCCGCGCAUCCGGCGGACGUGAAGCAGGAGAUGCACCUGAGCCAGCAAGCGCGCCAACAGUCUGGUGGCGGUCCCGGAGGUCCCGGAGGUCCUGGCGGAGGAGGUGGGGGCGGUGCUGGCGGUGGAGGUGGAGGAGGUGGUGGUGGAAUGGCAUCCCCGCACGGAUGGCACGCGCCGGUGCACGCAGGAGCACAUUACGCGACCGGCACGGGUUCCCCGCUGCAGUACCACGCGGCCAUGAAUGGGAUGCUGGGGCACCACCCGGCCGCCCACCAUCACCACCCCGCGCAUCACCAAAGUGCGGCGGCGGUGGCGGCCGCGGCCGCGGCCGCAGCCACACCCUCACUGCAUCCGUCGCUUCGCGGGGAAUCGCCCCAGCUGCACCUGCCACCGCAUCACCACCAUCACCACCAUCACCACCAUCUGCAGGGUGAUCGGGACGUGAGCGCGGGUGAGGAGGACACCCCGACCUCGGAUGAUUUGGAAGCGUUCGCGAAGCAGUUCAAACAGCGCCGCAUAAAGCUCGGCUUCACGCAAGCCGACGUUGGCCUUGCGCUCGGCACGCUGUACGGCAACGUGUUCUCGCAGACGACGAUCUGCCGGUUUGAGGCGCUUCAGCUGAGCUUCAAAAACAUGUGCAAACUAAAACCGCUGCUCCAGAAGUGGCUCGAAGAGGCCGACUCGACGACGGGUUCACCGACGAGCAUCGACAAAAUUGCCGCCCAAGGCCGGAAGCGGAAAAAGCGCACCAGCAUCGAGGUGUCCGUCAAGGGUGCGCUCGAGCAGCACUUCCACAAGCAACCGAAACCCUCGGCACAGGAAAUUUCCUCGCUCGCCGACAGCCUGCAGCUCGAGAAGGAGGUAGUGCGGGUGUGGUUCUGCAAUCGGCGGCAAAAGGAAAAGCGCAUGACGCCACCGAACACGAUGGGCGGUGACAUGAUGGACGGGAUGCCGCCAGGACACCUUGGCCACGGUGGCCAUCAUGGCGGGCAUGGUGGAUAUCAUCCGCACCACGACAUGCACGGUAGCCCGAUGGGGGCGCACAGCCACAGUCACAGCCCGCCGAUGCUAAGCCCGCAGGGUAUGGGGGCGACGGUUGGGGGUCACCAUCAGCUGGCGGCACACUAG